CCGUUGAGCAGAAAACACCCGGGUCACUCUUAUCCGCUCGCUCGUUUCAACAUCGUUCUUUGAUCGCUCGCUUCAACCCGCCGGACCCUGAGCCGAGCAGCCCCAUUUAAUCGCCUCAGCCAGAACCAAGCCAAGCUGUACCAGACCAAAACCUCGCAGCGGUCACUAUGGAUAUUGCCAUCCAACACCCCUGGUUCCGACGCGCCCUGGGCUCCAUUUACCCGGCUCGACUCUUUGACCAGUUCUUUGGCGAGGGCAUGUUCGAUUACGACCUCUUCCCCUACACUGCCUCCACUAUCAGCCCCUAUUACAGACAGUCACUGUUCCGUAGCUUUUUGGAUUCUUCCAACUCCGGAAUGUCAGAGGUGAGGUCCGACAGGGAAAAGUUCACCGUCUACCUGGACGUCAAACACUUUUCCCCCGAUGAGCUGAGUGUGAAGGUCACCGACGACUACGUGGAGAUCCAGGGCAAGCACGGAGAAAGACAGGAUGACCACGGUUACAUCUCCCGUGAGUUCCACCGCCGCUACCGCCUCCCAUCCAACGUGGACCAAACCGCCAUCACCUGCACCCUCUCCGCCGAAGGCCUGCUGACACUGACCGGGCCAAAGGUCAGCGGAGGGAACGAAUCCGGCCGUAGUGAGCGCAACAUCCCCGUCACUCGUGACGAUAAGCCCAACGCCGCGGCCUCUUCCUAAAGGCUCGAGUGGUGGGCGUCGACCAAAUGGGAUGGCAGCCUCUUAUCCUCCACUUCAUUCUUCCUCCUUUUCCCUUAUAGAGGACGCAUGGGUCCUUCUUGCUUCAUUCUUUCCUCUCAAGAUGAUUCUGAGCACACUCGUAGAGUAUCACUAGUAGCCUGGUUUGAAUAAAAAUGUCCCUGUAAGGAGACUGAAAUUAACGGUCCUCAUGAUUGUUUGGCUCAAAGGUAACGUCACAAAUAUCUUGUCGCAGAUUUCGGCAAAGUUCUGAACGCCUCGACUGCUUCCAUUCCUUUCUCACAUCCCCUUUGAACCUUCUAUUCUCAUGUCUCCACGAUAUCCUGUCUUUUAGUCUACGCCUUGUUCACUGGAUACCUCGAUACUGAGAAGUCCGUGAGAAAGAAAAACCAUAAUAAAGCUGCAAAAUGAACACAA